AUGGUCGGCUCAUCCUUGGAAGAUGUCUCGGCCUCAAGGAGAGAGGCGAGCGAAAAGUUGUCGAGUUCUGUUGCAGCCCUGGCAACCAAGGAAGGCAUUGAAGCUUUAGCCGAUGCUAUCGCGACAGCAUUCUCGGACGCAUGGCUUGCCCAUUUGACCGAGUCCAAACCUACCAAGCGCUCCAAGUCCUGGUGGACGGACGAGUGCUCGGAGACAUUCGGAGUAUAUCAGUUGAGCCGCUCGCUCGCUGAUUAUAACAAGUUUAAGAAGGCGUGUAAGGACGCCAAACGUAAUUUCUUUGAUGAACGUAGCGCAGAAAUCGCUACUUCUCGCAAGCGCCCAUGGGACCUGAUGGAAUGGGUCAAACAGCGCAAGCUACCACCCUGUGAGGCUAUUCGCGAUGGCAACCAGCCUUGCCACAAUAUGGACGACCUAUGGGACACCCUUCACAGCAUGUACAAUUUGGCCUCUGGUCGCGAGUACGACGCCUCAGUCUUAGAUGAGCUUCCUGACGAGCCGGUCCGUGAGUGGGCUGACUUCUCAGAGCAUGAGUUGUUGAGUGCCCUUAAGGGGUGCUCCAACUCCUCUGCACCAGGACCGGACCAUGUUACGUGGGUCCACCUAAAGGAGUUGCUCAAGGAUAAACAUGUCCUUGCGCUCUUCAUCGUGUUGGCCAAUGCUUGCCUCCGGGGGGGCCAUUGGCCUUGUAUAUUCAAGGAGCUGAUCGUACUCCUUAUCACUUUCAGUAAACUUAUCGAAAAGAUGAUCAAUAGGAUACAGUUUGAUGCUGUCAAGCAUGAUAUCUUCCAUCCCAACCAACUUGGCAGCAUCCGCCAGAGGUCAACUGAGGAUGCUGGAUUGAUUCUGACUCAUCUCAUGCGAGCAGGGUGGGUUAAGGGUCUCCAGACUAGCGCGCUGGCUUUUGACAUCACGCAGUUCUUCCCUUCUAUCAACCAUGAGAUGUUCAUGGCUGUACUUCGCAAGCAAGGGUUCUCACCGGUUCUGGUGGAGUUCUUUACCUUCCAAUCCGACUCGCGGUCUGCGGAUGUGGGUGUCAGGCAGGGCUCUGCUCUCUCGCCUGUUAUCUCUGGGCUGUUCAUUGCUCCGGUAAUGAAGCUCUUCUACAUCAAGGCGGCGCCGCUCAAUAUGACGCUGCUUUCUCUUGUGGAUGAUGGGACCAUUCUGGCCCAGUCCAAACAACUUGAUGAUAAUAAUGUGGGCCUGCGUAAGGCCUACAAAAUUAUCUACCUGCUCUUUGUUGCUUUCGUGCUCGUUCUUGAACAGGACAAGACCGAGUUGUUCCACUUUUCGUGUCGACGAGACACUUACAAUCCCUCGCUGCAUUUGGGGUACGCCCCGCAUACCGGCACUACUCCUUUGAAGCCCAAGACCUAUUGGAGGUACUUGGGCUUCUACUUUGACCGUGGGCUCACGUUUCAUGAGCACGUUCGCUACUACACCACCAAGGCGUUUACCACCGUGCAGGCCAUGCGCAUGCUCGGGAACUCUACUAGAGGGCUCUCGCCUAAACAGAGCCGCCUCUUAUAUAGGUCGUGUGUGGUUCCCAUUGCGACAUAUGGCUAUCGUCUAUGGUAUUUUGAUGGCGCCCGCAAUAAGGGCGCAAUGAACCAGUUAAAACGGAUGCAGCGAAAAGCUGCUCUAUGGAUCACAGGUGCUUUCCGCACCUCCCCCACUGGCGGUCUUGAGGCUCCAGCGGAUCUCAUUCCUGUCCACCUUAUGCUGAAGAAGCUGGCAACAUGUGCAGUGUAUCGCGUCGCCACCCUCUCGGACACCCACCCUCUUUGCUCCAUGAUGGGUGAGGGACUCCUCAAGCGAGCUGCACCACAUGCUCGCUCAGCCGCCUUGAUGACCCCAGCCAUGCGAGGGAAAGUCAAGAGCACUGUCAUGGAGGUGGACGAGCGCGUCCACACCUUAACUGAGAGCUUUGAGCCCUUUGCGCCCAAAGCUCGCCCAGGCGAUCAGUUACUGGACCGCUAUGCAGACCGUCUCCAUUUUGACGAGCGCGAUCAUGCCCAGGAUAGGCGCCCGUACCUUGACGAGCUCAUUGUGAAAGCGAGGGCCGACCCACUAACAGUACUGGCUGCAACUGAUGGCUCUGUCCCUCAGUCCAACCAGUAUCAGGCGACUUCGGCUGCCAUAAUCUACAAGGGACAUCGCGAGCUCGAAAGGACUUGUUAUGUCUCUGGCAGGGUUACCGCCCCAGAUGCGGAACUCAAUGCCAUCUUGUGUGCAGUGCGCCUGGCUGUUAAGCAGGCAAACUGCCAACAUAUUAUGGUCUUUACUGACUCCAUGGGCUCGGCCCAUAGAGCGAUCGACCCUGGCGUGCACUCUGGUCAGGCUUUUAGCUUGUCAGUUUGUCGCGCUCUCCAAGAGUGGUUUGAGGCGGAUGAUCUCCGCCGCGUUACCUUCGUCUACGUCCCAUCCGCUUUGUGGUGGGACAUCCAUGGUGAGGCACACAAGUACGUCACCGAACUUAAAGUCAGGGUUGGACGUUGCAAGACGGACAACUCUAUAGACGCGCUUCGCUCCUGGGCAGCGCACUCAGUCCUGGAUUCGUGGAACUCCACUUUCCAGGAUCCAACCUACCGAGGCUCUGAAUUCUUAGAGCUUCAACAGCCUGAUGGGCAGCCGCUACAGCCAUUGUACCUCAAUGGGGGACCUUGGCUUUCAACCAUCGGACACAGUAUCACUGAGUUCACCUGUGUUUGCCGGUGUAUAACUGGCCACAUGCCCAUUGGAGCGUAUUAUCGUCGCUUCAAGAUCAAUGAGCCUCACGGCUGCACUUGCGGGGCUGCUUUGCAGUCUCGCCAGCAUAUUCUCUUUCGCUGUCGCGAUUGCUACUCUGUGCAUUACCCCCGCUUUCUUGGGGAUAUUGCAUCUUUUUUGAAGUACAACCCUACGGCGUUUGGCUUCAACCGGGACCUGUCACAUAAUCGCUGGGUCGGAGACCUGCGCCCACCGCUAUUCUUUUGCGCUCGCGGUCCGCUAGUAUAG